UGAAACAUCUUUACAAAAUGGAACCCGAGGGUGAUAUCAACAUUCGCGAGGAAAUUGCUCAAAUUUUAGCGCAUGUGGCUGAGAUUUUUCACAGGUUAUGUCACACAGAGGAAGGCGAGAAUGUAUUUGUGCGAUGGCAGCCGAUCUGUCUUCGGCGAGACGGGCAAAACAAGAGUAUCGUGCGUUAUUUGGGCGACCACCUUCCUCGUGGUUUGGCAUUUGAUCCGUUUUUAUACCACUACAGAACGAUAAUGGAGUCGGUUUUAGCCAGAAAAAGUCUGAUACGAGAAAUCGGAAAUAGGUUGCCAAUACAACCAGGAAAACGGCCAUAUUUCUAUAUGCUCCACAAACAGGCAACCGAGACAUAUACCAGGGGCGUGAAGAAUAUCCACACUGCUCAAUUUAUCCAUAGUACACCCUGCAGAAACACAAUCAGUCCUGAAAGCUGCUCCAUUGCUUGGGAUACCAUCAAUGAAAGCUGCCAUGAGAAUACUUAUCAGAACUCAAUGGUUGUAUCAGAUGAUGCAGUUAGGAAAAUCACUGCAUUGGAAGAUGAAUUAAGCAGAUUGAGAGCACAAAUCGCUGGAUUUGUCCUGAAACAAGAAGACAAUUCAGAAACCACAAGUAUGGUAUUACCCCCUGCCCCACCUCCAUUACCUCCACCACCACCUCCUUUGCCCACCACUAGAGCAGUAUCACAAACUCCUAAAAAGAAAAUUGGUAAACCUCCCUCUGCUGUAAAUGGAAACAUGCUCGAUAUGACGGCAAUUUUAAAAGAUCUGAAUCAAGUAAAGCUGAAAGCGGUUGAAAGGUCCCCGGGCGGUACGCCAAUCAGAAGACCUCCUCGGAAAACCAAGGCUGCUGAUCCCGCUUCGAUUAUCGCUGACGCAUUAAAAAGCAAGUUCGCCAAAUCUAGGCUGGCAGCUGCUUCACCUGGUAAAGAAAAUUUUCAAAGCAAUAGUCCUGGGAAUUCAUUCAGUAAUACGCCGAGUCCUCAACAUUACUUGAGAAAACCUCUUGAACCAAAGGUGAAUGAAAGACAAUCAUCGCCGGUGGAGUUUAAAACACAUUCUAUUCCCUUACGGGUCUGAGGGAAGCUUGAGGACGCCAAAUAUAAAUUUAAAAGAAAUAAUUGAUUUCCUCAGCGCCAAGUAGAAGAAAAUGCCUCGCUCACGCUUACCUUGUAAAUAAUAUAUCUCACUCCAACAAUUUUCCAUGCAGUGAAAUAUUAUUUUAUCCGAUAAUUAUAGAAAAUAAUAGAUCGUUAGCAUUUUUAGCAAUUAGAUUAUCAUUA